AUGCAGGACGGAAGAGCACCACGAAUAAAAAAUCGCGCCCCAGCGGCCAUCCAGAUCACUGCUGAGCAACUUCUACGAGAGGCUCAAGAACGUCAAGAAACCGCUUUCCGAGCCCCAAAACAAAGAGUUGAGGAUUAUGAAGAACUUCACGAGUAUCGUGGCAGAAAGCGCUCCGAGUUUGAAGAACGGAUAAGGCGGACAAGAGGAAGCAUUAAAGAAUGGCUCCAAUAUGCCAACUGGGAAGCCAGUCAAAACGAAUUUGCUCGUUCCCGAUCCGUUUUCGAGCGUGCUCUGGAUGUAGACCCUCGGAGUAUCCAACUCUGGAUGAGCUACACGGAAAUGGAGCUCAAAUCUCGCAACGUUCAGCAUGCACGAAAUUUAUACGACCGUGCAGUCACUCUUCUGCCGCGCGUGGACCAGAUGUGGUACAAAUACGUCUAUCUCGAAGAGCUCCUGCAGAAUGUCCCAGGCGCCAGACAAGUGUUUGAGCGAUGGAUGCAAUGGGAACCAGACGACAAGGCAUGGCAAGCCUACAUUAAGUUGGAGGAGCGUUAUGGUGAACUCGAUCGUGCGAGUGCCAUCUAUGAAAGAUGGAUUGCAGUCCGUCCAGAACCCCGUGUUUGGGUUAAAUGGGGAAAAUUCGAGGAAGAGCGGGGCAAGCUGGACAAAGCACGAGAAGUCUUCCAAACCGCUCUUCAGUUCUUCGGCGAUGAUGAGGAGCAAAUCGAAAAGGCCCAGGCUGUCUUUGGCGCGUUUGCUAAGAUGGAGACGCGACUGAAGGAGUACGAACGAGCACGAGUCAUUUACAAGUUUGCUCUGGAUCGAAUCCCUCGCUCAAAAUCCGCCACCUUAUACGCAUCAUAUACCAAGUUCGAAAAACAACAUGGCACCCGUACAACCUUAGAGAACACGGUUCUCGGUAAACGACGAAUUCAGUACGAAGAUGAGAUAACCCAAGACGGCCGCAAUUAUGAUGUCUGGUUCGACUAUGCGCGGUUAGAAGAAGGUGCCUGGCGAGACCUCAAGGCAGAAGGCUCAACGACAGAAGAGCUAGAAGCCGCUACCUCCCGUGUACGAGAAAUAUACGAACGAGCCAUUGCGCAGAUUCCUCCAGGAAGCGAAAAACGACAUUGGAGACGGUAUAUAUUCCUGUGGUUGGAUUAUGCCUUGUUCGAGGAAAUCGAAACCAAGGACUAUACCCGGGCCCGACAAAUCUACCAAGAAGCUGUCAAGCUCGUACCCCACAAACAAUUCACAUUUGCCAAGUUAUGGCUGAUGUUCGCCAAAUUUGAGAUACGGAGGUUAGACCUGCAAGCCGCAAGAAAAAUUCUCGGUGUCGCUAUUGGCAUGUGCCCCAAAGAAGCCCUUUUCAAGGGGUACAUCGAGCUUGAAAUCGAGCUACGAGAAUUCGAUCGCGCGCGACAAUUAUACCAAAAAUACCUUGAAUUUGACUCCGCCAAUGCUGCCGCCUGGAUCAAGUUUGCAGAGCUCGAAUCACAGCUUCAAGACUUUGCACGAACACGCGGCAUCUUUGAGCUGGGUGUAUCUCAAAAUUCAUUGUCGAUGCCCGAACUGCUUUGGAAAGCGUAUAUCGACUUUGAAAUCGAAGAGGGCGAACGCGAAACAGCACGUGGUCUCUAUGAGCGACUGAUAAAGCUCAGCGGCCAUGUCAAAGUCUGGAUAUCGUACGCCAUGUUCGAAGCCGAACCCAUUCCUAUACCUCGAGCACAACGCGAUGAGGAAGACGAGGAAGCUGAGGUACCGAUGGCCGAGGGAGACCUGACAUUGGCGCGCCAGGUCUUCCAACGAGGCUACAAGGACCAAAAGGACAAGGGACUCAAAAGCGAGCGUGUUGCAUUGCUGGAAGUCUGGAAGACGUUCGAGGAAAGCCAUGGCUCUGAAGAAGAUGUCGCCAAGGUCCAGGGUAUGAUGCCAAUCGUCAGCAAGCGAAGACAUGUCGAUCCAGAGACUGGUCAAACAGUCGAAGACUGGGACAUGGUUUUCGCUGAUGACGAGCGCGAGUCAAAUCCGACAACUUUUGCCUUCUUGCGGAACGCGCAUGCUUGGAAAAACUCGCAAAGCAAGGGUGGUGCUGGGCUGUUGUCUGGAUUUACCGCUGCUGCUGCUGCUACGGGGGAUGCGGAGAGCGAUGUUGCGAGCUCUAACGGUGACGAGUCGGAUUAG